AUGUCACAACAGCAAGAUUCACCUCCAACACCUACCACACCUACAGCAAGCUCCACUACAGACAAUGCCAAACACGCACUCGUAUGCUCAAAGUGUAAUUUGCCUCUGGGCGAUCAACUUGUGAGAGCACUCGACGGCGCAUUUCAUCCUGAAUGCUUUACGUGCUGGGACUGCAACACACCAGUAGCAUCCAGAUACUUGCCUCACCCAACUGAAACAGGCCAACCACUAUGCGAGAGAGAUUAUUUUAAGCGACUGGGCCUCGUGUGUGCUCAAUGUAACGAAGCAUUGCGUGGAACCUACAUCAUUGCACUGGACAGAAAAUACCACACAAAUCACUUUACUUGCAACGAUUGCUCAACAGUGUUUGGACCCGACGACUCUUACUACGAGCAUGAUCAUAAAGUAUACUGCCACUUUCAUUAUUCCACUCGAUUCGCUGUUUCCUGCGCUGGCUGUGAUAUGUCGAUCUUGAAGCAGUACGUGGAAAUAGAGAGAAAUGACAUGGUUGACCACUGGCAUCCCGAGUGUUAUAUGAUUCAGAAGUUUUGGAGUGUUAAAAUUGCGCAUCCCACACAGAAAGAGAAUGAUCCCAUUAUCCCUCGUGAACACAAGCCGCAAUCCCCACUGGAGCUGCUCAAGACACAAAAAGAGAUGGAAGAAAAGGUCAUUAGCAUUUGGUCUGUACUGUCAGCCUUUGAAGAAUCCUCGGCUGUGUGCAUCUCUGAAAUGCUAUUGCAUGUGUCCAAUGGCGCCUAUAUUGAGAGCAUCUGUCUGUCUGAGCGAUUUCUGGUGCAUGUGGAGGCCCUGUUUGCGGGCAUUGACAAGAUCCAGUCCAUCUACCAAGAAUACAAGCAGCCCGAGUUCAAAUACACACGAGAAGCCAAGAUGCUGUGCAAAAAGAUCAUCAACUUCUUUUCGCUGCUCUCAAGAACGGGCGACAUGGAAAUGAAGAAGCUAGGCAUCACGCAAGAGCUGCUGUCACUGGUAACUGGUUUGGCACACUAUCUCAAGAUUCUGAUUCGUUUGGCUCUCACUUCUGCCUUGCGCUUGGAAAUCACUGUUGGCAAGCCUGUAGUGGUGUCUCGUUUACUUGCUAAAUUGAUGGAGAUUCCCGGAAAGGAAAGACACAGUAGAGACUGCCAGCGUCUGAUCAAGGCAAAGAACACAGAUUUCUGCUAUUCAUGUCGAAACACCAUUGAGGAUCAGUGCAUGCGAAGUGGCGACUACAGAUGGCAUAUGACCUGCUUCAAAUGUCGACAGUGCGCUCGUCAGUUGAACCACGAUGAUGCUGUGUUCAAUACCGCCUCCUGUACCAUUCACUGCGUUCAAUGCGUUGGCGUGACAAAACGAGAAGCAACUCCAUUUGAAUACAUUACAAAGCUUACUCAAUAUAGUUUUUUACUGAGAGUUGCGCUUAGCAGACUCUGUAACUUGCUUCAGAUUACAGAUACCCAACUUUCCUCUGUAGACUACUCGUCCAAAACCAAGCCAAAUGCCUCCAGCAACAGCAACCAUCUGAUCAAAGACGCCGUGCAGCUGUCUCCUUCCGCAGAGAAGCAGCUUACCAUCAUGACGGACGACAAGUUCUAUCCAACAGAGAUUACGGAUGCCAAAAAUACAGUGUCUUCCUCAACAACGCACCUAGACAGAAAGGUCUCUCGAUCAUUCAAAUCAGCAAACAAACGCUCCACCAUCCUCGGUAAUGCGGAUCUGGCUGCUUCACUUAAAACACAGCCUCAAUCUUCUAGCUCAUUAAACAAUAUUACCACAAUGAGGUCCAUGCCACCCGCUCGCAUGGACAGUCUGCAACGCACACGAGCUGGUCCAGCAGGUGCCGAUCAACACAAAGACUUGCCUCAGUUGCCUGCCUCUCGCACCAUAGCAACCAACAAUGCCACUCGCCAUAAGCCCACUCGCAGUGUUGGCCUGGACGAUUUACCGCAACUCGCUGCUGCUGCUGUAGCCUCCAAAAAGCACAUGAUGACCAACUUGCCUCACAACAUCCACAUCACUACAGGCCCGUCGGGCAAACCACGCAUCUACUUUUCUGAGCUCUCUGCACUACAAUACAUGAUUAUCCGCUACGUCGCUGUAGUACAGAUCGAGCAAUACGUCAAAUCCUCCUUCUCAUCCAGCGAAUUGCUCAACCUGAUCGAGUUCAAGAAAUCAUCCAUUUGGGGCAAGUUCUUUAUUCCGUUCAAGGCCAAAAAGAAUUAUGGGCCCAAAGCCAAGGAAGAGGGCACGUUUGGUGUGCCAUUGGACAUACUGACAGAGAGAACAGGUGUGGAAUCCAAUUUGGGAUCUGGUCAUUCUCCCCUCAAAUUAGCCUCUUUUAUCGACGAUGCCAUCACAGCCAUGAGACAGAUGGAUAUGACGGUCGAGGGUAUCUUUAGAAAGAAUGGUAACAUCAGACGUUUGAAGGAGCUGGCAGAUGCACUGGACAGAAAUGCCAACGAUGUGGACCUGACCCAGGAGAAUGCUAUUCAGGUUGCUGCCUUGCUCAAGAAGUUUUUGCGGGAUUUGCCUGAUCCGCUAUUGACGCAUCGAUUACAUCCUCUCUUUAUGUGCGCAGAAAGAAUCGAAAACCCGGUAGAGAGACGCCGUGCAUUGCAUUUGGCAUGUUGCAUGUUACCCAGAUGUAACCGCGCGACAAUGGAAGUGCUGUUUGUGUUCUUUCGAUGGGUGGCUUCCUUUUCGCAUGUCACUGGAGACGUUGGCAGUCGUAUGGACAUUCCCAACUUGGCUCGCGUCAUUGCGCCCAAUAUUCUGACAGCCAACUCAAAGGAUCCUCUUAAGGACGACUCAUUUGCUUCGAUCCGUGUGGUGGAGGUGUUGCUGGAAUCACAUGAAGAGUUUUGCUUGGUACCUGAUGAUUUGGAAGUGUUUUUGCAAGAUCCCAAUCUGAGUGAUGUGGAUAUUUCACCCAAAGAGUUUCUGAAAAGGGUGGAGCAAACUGUAAAGCACAAGCAUCCUAGCAGUAGCAGCAACCUCACUAGUGGCGCUGGAGCAGCGUCUUCCAAAUCUAGCAUGCAUUCAACCAACCCUGCCCCCACUCAUGUGGAAGGAGUCAAGCUCUUUGAUGGCACUGUCACUGAUGGCCGCCAGCAUCCUCCCACAUCCAUCUACGCACAGCAACAAUAUCUACCUUAUACCAACAAUCACCCUAAUUCUGAUUUCGUGCCACAGCAAUUGAACAUGAGAUACCACCAGCCUGGCAGCCCUAUCCCUGCUCCUCCUCGUCGCAUGGACAGCCAUGAAUCCUUUGCUUCUAUGAACUCGUAUUAUCCAAAUAACCACAUAGACCAUCAUUUGCCUUCACCGCAACAUAGAUUCGUGCCUCAGCAUAAUAACCACCAACAGCAACACCAUCAUCACCAUCAGCAAUCGCCUCUCAACACUGUCCCCACGUCUACUUCUUCUCCUGUUGCUAAUGCUAUUCCUUCGCCACUUUAA